GGUGAGGACUGUCAGGCAUAUAUUGAUCGUCAUGGCAAGGCACAACCUGCAAAAUCCUGUCCUGACUUCUGCUGUGGAGAUUGCAUGCUUCAAUACUGUUGCUCAGAUGUGUUCUUAAAAUUUGGUGAAGAACAACAAUUUCAGUGUAAUCUGCUUGAUGGAAGGACGUCUUACUCAAGCAACAUAAAUUACAUGCAGUUUUUUUCGGACCCUGAUGAUGACUUUUCUUCUGGCCCCAGUUUUGGAACCCUUGUUGCGAUUGGAGUUACUGUGUGUGCAGUGAUUAUAAUUACUAUUAUUCUGUGCCUCACCUGCUCGUGUUGCUGUUUGUAUAAAGCAUGUCGAAGACCACGGCCUGUUGUGACCACCACUACUUCCACUACAGUGGUUCACGCUCCCUAUCCCCAACAACAGGGAGUGCCACCCAACUACCCAGUAGCCCCAUAUCAAGGGUAUCAGCCUGUGGCUAUCCAACCACAACCGGGAAUGCCAGUAGCACCGUACCCUGCACAGUAUCCUCCCCCUUACCCUAUGCAGCCAUCAGGACCCCCAGCUUAUCAUGAAACGAUGGCAGCUGGUGCUGGAGCCCCUUACCCAAUCAGCCAGCCCCCUUACAACCCUGCUUAUGUGGAUCCUCAGAAGCCCACCUACUGAAAAAGAUCAUCAUCUGUGCUUCUGCAUACAAAACUUUUUAAAGUAUGAUUUGUGCUGUUUACACCAUGCAACUGUAGUAUAUUUUUCUGGAAGACAGCAAUCUUUUUUGUCCAAGUAAAGUGAAAGUUAAUUCAAUAUCUUUUUUUUAAAUGCUUUGAGUACGAGGAAGGAGUAUUUUUCUUGCAAAAGUUGUUAAUUUAUACCUCAAGCAAAUACAAAAAGAGAUUUUGUUCUACAUACAAUGAGAAAAGCAUGAAGGAGUACUUCAGAAAUAAGAACCACAAUAAUAUUUGCUGUGCAAUAAUUUUUAAAGGAAUGGUCCAAUAAUGAGCAUUAACAAACACCCAAAGCUGUAGCAAUCUUUUGCACAGUAUUUAAACAUAAAAACUUAAUCUUUAAGAAACUACCUGAUACAUUAUGUAUGUUCUGCUUGUUUUGAAGUUACUGUUGUUAAGUAAACUACAAUGUAAUACAUUUCAAAAGGGAAUUUUCCUUUUUUGAAGCACAUUUGCUUCAGUAAGGGGUAGCAAACCACAUUUAGUUGUCUUUGGACUUGUUGCAUUUUUCUGUGCUAAAUAGCAUGAGUUGAUAAUUUCCUUGUUGUCUUUCCCAGUUUUAAGGCUUAAAAACUGUGCCUUCAUUGGGUGUUUUCUCAGGCCAUUUUAAUUUAUAGCUAGAAAUUAAUAACAAACCCAAACUCUCUGCCACUUACUAGAACUGAGAAUUCUUCGUAAAAGUUAUUGGGCAAGUAUUUGUUGUCCAAGUAUUAUUGGACAAGCUUACUGAAGUCAUAUAUUGUUGAUGAGUUUGAAAGAAAAAUUAGCACCUUAACCAUAUGUUAACCAGAAGUACCUGCCAGUGUUCAGUCCUGUCUCAUCAUAGGGAAGGAAUUUAUUUUACAGGAGUGAUGGGAUAUCAGAAAUAGAUUGUGGGUUUUAAAUGCUUAGGGUUUGUCAUUGUCUGUAGUGGGAACUGUAGGUGGCAGGAACCUAGGAAUGAUAGAUCUUUAUAAACUCAGUCUGCAUUUGAAUAAUAAUAUGCAGGGGAGAUAAGAAAUCCCAGCCCAACACACAGUAGAGAUUAAACCUCUCUCUUGUCUUCAACAUUCCCACAAAGCUGAGCAGAGAAUGAGAAAUCAGGGAAGGGAAGAGUGGUGGGGCUUGUUCAUGGUAAGGUACUGGAUUUUCAAGAAGAUAGUGCUUGCAGUUAUGGAACGCCUUGAGACAUCCUUGCGACUGUUACCAGUGUUCAGAAGGCUUUUGGCUCUGUACACCUUGUACUGAUUGAACAAAUCAUGAUUUUUUUUUUUUUUUUUAGUGUCCUCUACAAUUUUAUGUUUUCUGACAUUGAAUACAAUUUGUUAUUCCUCAGUAGAGCUAUCUAGUCUGUUGUAUGUAUUACUGUGACAUAAGUAUUGAAAUAAUUUUAAAAUAUUUCACACUGAUACUACUUUUUUAGAGAGGCCAUUAAGCCAUUUGUCCUGUGAUUCUACAUUUGGAACAUGUUACUGUUUGAAGAACAUUAAUGGUGGCAUUGUGUUACCUCAUGAUGGAUGGAAAUUGCUGCUGUCAAAGGCAGCCUUAUUUCUUUCCUGAUUUUUUUUUUUUUUUUAGUCUACUUCUGGGUUAUUCCAAUUUUUUUCCCAAUAUAUUCUUCAGGUCAUUUGAGAAGAAACUUGUAGGAAGUUUUUAGCAUUGAGAUUCAUGACAACCUUGUCCCUCUGUUACACCUCUCUAAGAGGCUUGAAGUCAAUAGCAUGAAAUGGUGCCAAGAGGCACUCACAGAGCAAGUGUGGCCUGUAUCUCCGUGUUCCUCCUCCUUCCUGCCUUGUAAGCCAAAGAAUUGGGCAAUGCUUCACUACACUGUUAGGAGUUAUGUGAGAAC